ACACGACUUCUCCCCUGGCCUACGUGCGGGAGGGUGGCUGAGACAGCAGAUGAAAUCGCCAAGGCUCAGGUGGCCCAGCCUUCUGACGGCGACACCAUCUUCAAGAAGAUCAUCCGCAAGGAAAUCCCCACCAAAAUCAUUUUCGAGGAUGACCAGUGUCUUGCUUUCCAUGGCAUUGCCCCUCAAGCACCAACACAUUUUCUGGGGGUACCCAAGAAACAUAUAACCCAGAUUUCUGCUGCAGAAGAUGAUAAUGAAAAUCUUCUUGGACAUUUAAUGAUUGUUGGCAAGAAAUGUGCUGCUGAUCUAGGCCUGAAGAAGGGUUAUCGGAUGGUGGUGAGUGAAGGUGCAGAUGGAGGACAGUCUGUUCAUCUGCAUGUUCUUGGAGGUGGGCAGAUGAAUUGGCCUCCUGGCUAAGCAUGUAUUAGAUGGUUUUCCCUUCUCUAGGCAAUGAUUUUGCUUGCAUUUUCCAAUAUGUUAAGCAGCAUGAUUAUUUGUGCCCGGGUCUGGAGAUAUUGGGAAAAUAAUUUUAAAU